CCCCGGCUCGCGCGAGCUGGGUGUUUCCUGCCUCUCAGUCCGGGUUUGGAGACUCCGGCGUCCUCCGACUUUUCAUGGAAGAGAUGUCAGGAGAAAGUGUGGUGAGCUCAGCGGUGCCAGCGGCUGCUACCCGCACCACUUCCUUCAAGGGCACGAGCCCCAGCUCCAAGUACGUGAAGCUGAAUGUGGGCGGGGCCCUCUACUACACCACCAUGCAGACGCUGACCAAGCAGGACACCAUGCUGAAAGCCAUGUUCAGCGGGCGCAUGGAAGUGCUCACUGACAGCGAAGGCUGGAUCCUUAUUGACCGGUGUGGGAAACACUUCGGUACAAUACUCAACUACCUCCGUGACGGGGCGGUACCCUUGCCCGAGAGCCGCCGGGAGAUUGAGGAGCUGCUGGCAGAAGCCAAGUACUACCUGGUCCAGGGCCUGGUGGAAGAAUGCCAGGCAGCCUUACAACAGAACAAAGACACUUACGAGCCUUUCUGCAAAGUUCCUGUCAUCACCUCAUCCAAGGAAGAGCAGAAACUUAUAGCGACUUCAAAUAAGCCAGCCGUGAAGCUGCUCUACAACAGAAGUAACAACAAAUACUCGUAUACCAGCAAUUCUGACGACAAUAUGUUGAAAAACAUUGAGCUCUUUGAUAAGCUGUCUCUGCGCUUUAACGGAAGGGUCCUGUUCAUAAAGGACGUCAUUGGGGACGAAAUCUGCUGCUGGUCCUUUUACGGUCAGGGCCGCAAGAUUGCUGAGGUCUGCUGCACCUCCAUCGUCUAUGCCACUGAGAAGAAACAGACCAAGGUGGAGUUCCCAGAGGCCCGGAUUUAUGAGGAGACUCUCAAUAUUUUGUUGUACGAGGCCCAGGAUGGCCGAGGACCUGACAACGCACUCCUGGAGGCCACAGGCGGGGCAGCUGGCCGCUCCCAUCACCUGGAUGAAGAUGAGGAGCGAGAGCGGGAGCGGAUCGAGCGCGUGCGGCGGAUCCACAUCAAGCGUCCAGACGACCGGGCCCACCUCCACCAGUGAGCAAGCAGGCGAGCUGCCCUCCUCCCCUCUCCCCUGCUCUUCACUCCGAUGCCUGCAGCCUCCUGGGCACCUUCCACUUCCCCUGGAGUCUGGAGAUACUUUUUUGUAACAAGCCAGAUGAUUAUUUUGGUAUUUCUCAACCAGGUGACUGUCUUUCCCCAGGUGAAUACACCCCUGUUCUUGAGCAAGCUGUGUCCCAAGGUCUCCCCGUUCCGUGGGGAUCUGAGAAUCCUUGGAGCCAGGCUUUCUUGGUUCUCGGAGAAAAGUAUGAAUGGGUAUGAAGUAGACGUGAGAAAUUUUGUUUGCAGUAUUUAUUUUGAUGGGUGCUGACUACCUAUUCGGCCUUUGCGGGGGGCAUUCCUUCGGGGUUCCAUCUGACUGCUGCAACAGGGAUCCUGCAGUUGGCGGCCACCAGAGGUUUCCCUGAGCUCGUUUCAUAAUCCUCCAGCCCUGCAUGCUGGCUGCGUUCCUGCGCGUCAGACCGGGCCAUCUCCGGGGCUUUGCCGGAAGUCCGUUCGGCCCCAGGAUCUUGCCCCUCUGGCUUGUUGGUAGAUGCAUGCAGUUUGUGGCACCGAAAAUAGGACCGAUGAGCUUCGUGCCUGUGACUGGUCGAGCAUAGCUCUGGAGGCCCGGCUGUACUGGAGGGGCAGGCCUGUUGGGACCCCGCGUACCUGGCUAAGGGCAGAGCCGGCCCUGGCAGGGAGUGCACCUUUCCCGGCUCCUUCCUCACCUCCUGCCCCUUACACUUGCACAACCCCCCCCCCCCCCCCCCCCCCCCCCCCCCCCCCGGCCAUUGACCAACUCCUGGUUAUGAGCGGAGCUCACACACCGCCCAGUGCUCCAUUCUUUCUUCCUCAGCCUUCUUCCCUGUUAAGCUGGGCUUCCUGUCUCAAGUAGAAGCCCUGCCCUUUGCUUAGAAAGUGGACGUGGCCCGGCCUCUGUCCCCCAGCCUGGCAUCCAGGCAGGAAGCCCAUUCACACCAGCAGUCUCGGGGCAGCUCGCUUGCUGUAGACGUAGCCAUCAUCCCGAGACCGCCUUUGUGUCUUUGCCUCUGGUUUUUACACAGUAUGGAGUGGCCACAGCGAGCCAAGUUAGAGGAUGUGCAGCUCCUUUGGGGUCCAGCUAAGUGUUUGUGUUCGUGUUUAAGGGACGUGUGCGACUGUAGAUGGGGAUGUGUGCUUGUGGGGCGCAGGGGGGCCCGCGCUGGAGCCCAGCUGUCCGCACGGUGCUCGUGUAGGACGGACGUUCUCGGUUAUCUACCUCCCAGUCUCCUCUGCGCCUGGGAAGGGACAGCAGUGAGUGGUGACUGAUGUGGCUGGUCGCGACUAGACUAGGUAGAGUAGUUACAAGGAGAUGUGAACGUGCGUAAGGUAAUGGAUGGCAUUUGUCUGCUCUUCAAGGGAAGUUACUGUUUUAUACCAAAGGUAUUGAGGUGGGCAGCCUUUGACAGUGUAUUCCAAAAAACGAGUUUAUAUUUUGAAACCAUUUUUACAGCUUAGGCUUUUGUACAUACUGCCCUUCUUGGGACAGUUGUAUGCCUUUAUUUUGUAUCCAGCAGGAAAGCCUAUAAUAAAACUUAAAAACAAUCUUGACUGAACCUAAAAAAAUCAUGUAUGGGGGUCGAUGCCUUUUAAACUGUUUUGUGGGGAACUUUCUAUAUUAGGCCAUUCGGGUUUUAUUAAGUGCUAAGGAAAGGGGGGUUUAAAUACUGUUUGGUAAAUAUUUUAUAUACCGUUUUAGUUUUAAACGCCAACCCUGACGUUUGGGUUGAACUUUUUUAGAAAGUUAAAGUGAAUGUCCGUUGUGAUGUUUUCUGUAGGAAUGGAAAAGCCAUCAUAUGAAUUGUUUUUUAAAUCUUUCUGUUGAGAGUAAGUUUGUGGAACAAUCGGAGUUGUUCGGGCUUCUACACCGUAUGAGCUAAUGUUUCUGGCAGUCUUCACACUUGUAGUUUUGAGUCUUUGCUUUCCUGGGAUCUGAACAGGUUCCUGAAAUAUUCCGUGGUGAAUGACGCGCCGUUAGUCGCACAGCCAGGAGAUGACAGCAAGUGUUGGCUGGUCCAAGCUGUGGUAGUAGAUGUAUUCCACAAGGAACUGAUUCUUAUGCUAGCCUGAAGGGCAAACAAAGGUCCAUAUUUAUACUUAAGAACCAUCUAAGUAAAACACUGGCUUAAGAUUUGGUAAAGAGUGAAGUUUUAUUACAUUGUAAGAGCUUACAGUUGAAGUAAAACAGCUUUUUGAAAGAAGUCCUCCUCCUGUGCCCAAGACAAUCCUGGAGUAACCUCUUCUGUUGCCCCCUCCACCCCCACGGUAGGUAGCAGACGAGCAGCCUGGCCGAGGUGCAGGGACAGCCCGCGCUCCGCGUAGGUGGGCUCACCUGUACCUCCCAGCAGCUGCUCGGGACCCACGUGUCAGCAACACUCAGCCCUCCUCCACAGUGUGUGCUCCACCCAGCGUGCCUGUGGCACACCUGUGUCACUAACCUACCUUUUUGUGCUAUGAAGAAAAUGCUAUAAACGUUAGAAGUAGUCACUGUAUGUUGUACAAGCAUUUGUGGACGUGUAAAAUAAAAGUUACGUGAUGCCUCUGUUUAA